AUGGCCAGUGAUACACCGGGUUUCUACAUGGACAAACUUAAUAAAUACCACCAGAAGCAUAAAGUAAUGAUUACGUAUAAGCAACUUCAUAUUACAGGACCUCCACAUGACAGAAGGUUUACAUUUCAAGUUAUAAUAAACGGGGAAGAAUUUCCAGAAGCUGAGGGUAGAACAAAGCAGGAAGCAAAAAAUGCUGCUGCCCAAUUAGCUGUUGAGAGACUUAAUGAAAACAAGGCGGAUAGUCAAACGGACGCUUCAGAAGGCUUACUUUCUGGGAAUUACAUAGGCCUUGUCAAUAGUUAUGCUCAGAAGGAAAAUCUGUCUGUAAAUUACGAACAGUGUACCUCCAAUACCCAGUCGCCCCAAAGAUUUUGUUGUAAAUGCAAAAUUGGGCUGAAAACUUAUGGUAUUGGUUCAGGCGCUACCAAACAGGAAGCAAAGCAGUCGGCUGCUAAAGAUGCGUAUCAGAAGCUAUCAGAGAAAAGCUCAAUGAGAGUUGACAGAACAUCCUCUGGUCUUAGUACAUCUUCAUCCAGUGGCCUCUCCAGCAGCUUGUCUACAGCAAGCCAUUUUACUUCUCUGUCAGCACCGCAAAGUGAUUUCUCAGAGAUUGCAUCAAAGAACCACUGGCACAGUAUUUCUUUCGAAUCUCCUUUUACGAAUGGUCUCAGAGAAAAUAAAAGGAAAUCAGGAGUAAAACCGUCACCUAGUGAUGUGCAAAGAAAUAAAUAUACCAUGGACUCCAGGUUUAAUAAUGAUUUUGAAGACAUAGAAGAAAUUGGCUCAGGUGGAUUUGGCCAAGUUUUCAAAGCAAAACACAGAAUUGAUGGAAAGACUUAUGCUAUUAAGCGAGUUAGUUGUAACACAGAGAAGGAAGUACGGGAAGUAAAAGCGUUGGCAGCACUCAGUCAUAUCAAUAUUGUUCAGUACCAUUCUUGUUGGCUGGGACAGGACUAUGAUCCCGAGCACAGCCCGGAUAGAAAUCCAAGACGAUCAAAGACCCAGUGCCUUUUCAUUCAAAUGGAAUUCUAUGAUAAAGGAACUUUGGAGCAAUGGAUGUUAAAUUGCAAGCAGAGGAAAGUAGACAAUGAUUUGUUUUUGGAAUUAUCUGAACAAAUAACAACAGGGGUGGAUUAUAUACAUUCAAAAGGUUUAAUUCACAGAGACCUUAAGCCAUGUAAUAUAUUUUUAGUAGAUGAAAAACACAUAAAGAUUGGAGACUUUGGCCUCGUAACAUCCAUGGAGAAAGAUGGAAAUCGAACAAAGCGUACAGGAACUCUUCUAUACAUGAGUCCAGAGCAGGUA